AUGGAAGAAAGCCAAAACUCCAUCUCAAUUGAAGACUACAGAACGAGAAUAAACGAGAUAAUGGGAAAAGCGAGCCUAUCCUGCGCAGAAGAGCUUAAUUAUUUCUUAAAAGGAUGAUGUGAGCUAGACUCUCAUUUAACGGUGCUAAAAGAAUGCCUAGAAAGUGAAGCGCUGAUAAGAUCAAUGUCCUGAAAUUGGAAAGAGAGGAGUCGCAGGAAAUUAAAGGCAGAGAUUUGUACAAAAAUUCGCUAA